GUAGGGCGGACCGAGUCAGUUGUAUCUUCCUUCUAUGCCAUUGCCAUACUCCUUGAUUACAGAUUUCCUAUCAGAUUAGUUAAGAUACAAAUGAGUGGCUAAAUCAGAUAUUUACAACUACAGCUUCGUAAUGAUAGUGCGACUUACACCUAUUCUUAUUCUUCUUCCAUCAGUUCUCACAGACACAUCUUUAGGUCAUUCACAUUCAUCAAUCCCAGCUCAUUCAUCCUCAUCCUUGUCCUCUCAUUCAUCCUCAUCCUCAUCCUCUCAUUCAUCUUUAUCAAACCAGGGUGUUGUGAACAGUUCACCAAUUUAUCCUUCAUCAUACUCUAGCCAUGAUGUAAAGUGCAGUAGAAGUAUAGACGUAAAAUCAGUUUAUUAUUCUAUACAAGAAAUAGAUUAUAAACUUCACACUAUACUAAAGUCCAUCCCACCAGCUAUAGAAGAAGCAAGAACUGUUCUAGAAGCUUCCACCCUAGCUGCUAACAGAGAUGCUAUCAUUACAGGAAUAGCUUGCUUUAUCGGAGCUGUAUCUGGAGGAUUGAGUGUACUGUACAAUGUACAUAUAUUUUCAGCUGUAUCUGGAGGAUUGAGUGCACUGUACAAUGUACAUAUAUUUUCAGCUGUAUCUGGAGGAUUGAGUGUACUGUAUAAUGUACAUAUAUUUUCAGCUGUAUCUGGAGGAUUGAGUAUACAGGACAAUGUACAUAUAUUUUCAGCUGUAUCUGGAGGAUUGAGUAUACAGUACAAUGUACAUAUAUUUUCAGCUGUAUCUGGAGGAUUGAGUAUACUGUACAAUGUACAUAUAUUUUCAGCUGUAUCUGGAGGAUUGAGUGUANUUAUACAAAAACCAGAGAUUAGAUCUUACACAACAGCUCAUGUAGUUUAUACAUAA